AUGGAGUUCUUAGUAACCAAAGGAGAUUAUAUUAGAUACUUCAAAAGAUCUUUAUUACUAGUUUUAGUAUGUGUAAUAGUUCUUGUAUGCACUGAUCAGGACUACUAUAGUUUACUUGGAGUAUCCAAAGAAGCAAGUAGUAGAGAAAUAAGACAAGCAUUCAAAAAACUGGCAUUAAAGUUGCACCCUGAUAAAAAUCAGAAUGAUCCAAAUGCACAUGAAAAUUUUUUGAAAAUAAAUAGAGCAUAUGAAGUACUUAAAGAUGAAGACCUGCGGAAGAAGUAUGAUAAAUAUGGAGAGAAAGGUCUGGAAGAUCAGCAGCAGGGAGGUCGUUACGAAAGCUGGCACUUCUAUCGUUAUGAUUUUGGUAUUUAUGAUGAUGAUCCUGAAAUUAUAACAUUGGAUAGAGGAGAAUUUGAUGCUGCUGUUAACUCAGGAGAACUGUGGUUUGUGAAUUUUUAUUCUCCUCGAUGCUCCCACUGCCAUGAGUUAGCACCUACGUGGAGGGAGUUUGCUAAGGAGAUGGAUGGAGUAAUACGCAUUGGGGCUGUCAACUGUGGAGACAACAGAAUGCUUUGUCGAAUUAAAGGAAUUAACAGUUAUCCCAGUCUCUAUGUUUUCAAAACUGGAAUGCAACCGGUGAAAUAUUAUGGAGACAGAUCAAAAGAGAGCUUAAAGAACUUUGCCAUGCAGUAUGUUACAAGCACAGUCACCGAGUUAUGGGCAGGAAACUUUGUUAAUGCCAUUGAAACCUCAUUUGCUUCUGGCGUUGGUUGGCUGAUCACCUUCUGUGCUGAACGUGGGGAUUGCUUGAGUUACCAAACACGCCUUAAGCUAGCUGGCAUGUUGGAAGGUCUUGUUAAUGUAGGCUGGAUGGACUGUGGCACCCAGGGUGAGCUUUGUGACAAUUUAGAUAUCUCAUCAAGUACUACAGCAUACUUUCCACCUGGAGCCACCAUAAAUAGCAAAGAGAAAGGAGGUGUUCUGUUUCUUAACUCGCUGGAUGCCAGAGAAAUAUAUCAGGAAGUAAUGCAGCAUCUGCCAGACUUUGAAAUUAUCUCUGCAGCAUCAUUAGAGGACCACCUGGCUCACCACCGAUGGCUGCUUUUCUUCCAGUUUGGGGAGAGUGAUAAAUCAAAUGUACAGGAAUUUAAGAAACUUAAAUUUUUACUUAAAGAUGAACAUAUUCAGGUUGGCAAGUUUGACUGUCUUUCCUCACCAACGAUCUGCAACAAACUCUACGUCUACCAGCCGUGUUUAGCAGUCUUCAAAGGAAAAGGAACUGGAGAUUAUGAAAUUCAUCAUGGAAAGAAGAUCUUAUAUGACAUCGUUGCAUUUGCCAAAGAAAGCGUCAACUCUCAUGUCAUCACGCUGGGACCUCAGAAUUUUCCUGACAAAGAAAAGGAACCGUGGCUCGUGGAUUUCUUUGCACCGUGGUGUCCUCCUUGUCGAGCCUUGUUACCAGAGCUGAGAAAGGCAUCAAAACAUCUUUAUGGUCAACUUAAAUUUGGAACACUAGACUGCACUGUCCAUGAAGGGCUUUGCAACAUGCAUAACAUUCGAGCUUAUCCAACAACAGUUGUGUUCAAUCAGUCUGAUGUUCAUGAAUAUGAAGGCCAUCACUCUGCUGAGCAGAUCUUGGAGUUUAUAGAGGAUCUUAGGAAUCCAUCGGUGGUCUCCCUAACACCAGAGACAUUUGUUGAAUUAGUUCAAAGAAGAAAACGAGACGAGAUCUGGAUGGUUGAUUUCUAUGCUCCAUGGUGUGGACCUUGCCAGGCUUUAAUGCCAGAAUGGAAAAAAAUGGCCAGGAUGUUAAAUGGAUUAAUCAGUGUAGGCAGUGUGGAUUGUCAAAAAUAUUAUUCUUUCUGUCAUCAAGAAAGUGUUCGGGGAUAUCCUGAAAUAAGACUCUUUCCUCAAAAGUCAAACACAGCUCAUCAAUAUUAUAGCUACAAUGGAUGGCACAGAGAUUCCUAUUCACUGAGAGGCUGGGCACUGGGAUAUUUACCACGAGUGUCUGUAGACCUGACUCCUCAGAGUUUCACAGAAAAAGUUCUGAAUGGAAAAGAUCACUGGGUCAUUGAUUUUUAUGCUCCUUGGUGUGGACCUUGCCAAAAUUUUGCUCCUGAAUUUGAGAUCCUUGCAAAGACCAUUAAAGGAAAAGUAAAAGCUGGAAAAGUCGACUGUCAGGCGUAUGCUCAGACCUGUCAAACUGCUGACAUCAGAGCCUACCCCACUGUGAAGUUUUACCCCUAUCAAGGAACAAAGAAAAAUAUUCUUGGUGAAUAUAUAGACAGCAGAGAUGCAAAAAGCAUUGCUGACCUUUUGAAUGAAAAAUUAGAAGCGAUUCAAAAUAAAGGAAAAAGGAAAAAAUCUAGAAAUAAGGAUGAACUCUAA